CCCUCCUUGUGGUAUGGUGGCCGCAAGACCACGACACGAUCAGGGUCCUGCUUCAGUUUUCAGUUCAGCGGGAAUGGCCUUGCAAAGUGGUUUGCCAUACAAAGUGUACACAGGACAUGAUGGAGUGCUGACAGAGAAGCGGAAACAACGUCGAAUCCGAACCACCUUUACUAGUUCACAGCUGAAGGAACUUGAAAGGGCAUUCCAAGAAACGCACUACCCUGACAUCUACACAAGAGAAGAAAUAGCCAUGAAAACUGAUCUCACAGAAGCCAGGGUUCAGGUAUGGUUUCAGAACAGGAGGGCCAAAUUUCGAAAACAGGAGCGUCUGAACCAGCAGAAACAGGCUCAGCAGAGCAAUGGCAACUCACAACCUAACAACAGUAGCAGCAGCACAAGCACGUCCUCAACCACCAACAAUGGAACAGACAGCACGGUGUCUAACAUGAAGGAAGGAGGUAGCAGUGGCUCCUCUUGUGUUGGAAAAGACACCAAACCACCCGUCCUGUCAGCGAUUAAUUCAGAUAAUAAAACGGUGAAUGGCAAAAUAUCUCCGUCUGUGAAAUGGAGCACAUCUCACUGCCCCCAGCAGAAGCCUGCAGUUGCAGCAAUCAGUCCUUUGACAUCAUUGGCUACGUCGUGUCCAACUUCAUCUUUUCCUGGUGUUCUGGGUUCGGUUCCUUAUCCAUUGUCGUCAAUCGACACCAAGCCAGCUUUAGCUUCUAUGUUUUGAUUGUUGAAUAAAUUCCCUGUCAGGUGUGCGUUUUCACCAUAAAGUACACGCUAUCCGAUUUUAAGAAAAAGUACUUCAGGAAAAGUAUUUUCCUGAAUAAACGAGCAUGAUUAUACUUUUCAAGGUAUUUUAAUAGUAAGCUGAGUACAAACCAAGGCUCCUGGUCUGAAAAUAAAAUUAAUAAGACCUUGAAUAAGGAUAACUGUUAAAGAAUUUUAAUUUUUUUGGCGUAAAAGUAGUUUUAAAAAUAUAAAUUCCCGGAAAUCGGAAAAGAUUUUGUAUUUUCAAAUGGGCGAUUUUUUCCUUUCCAAAUGAUGCCUGUUUGGGGAUGUUGAAAAUUGUUUUUAGCAAAUGUGUACUUCUGAUAUAAAUAUUUUACAAUAAAAAAGAUGUUAGAUGUCUGAUUUCGACAUUCGCGAAAAAUUUGAUAUCCGCGAAAUCUUAAGAAAAUUCAUAAAAUUCCCGAAAAUUUUCAUUAUUCUUCAGAACAUGAUAAACCAGUUUUUUGUUAAUAUGCUUUGAAAUACGUCGUUUACAAGACACUUGAUGUCAGAUAUUUCGUUAUAAUUUUAUUUUUGGAAAAUAAUAAAUUAUUUGGAAGCAAAUGUUCUCAUAAUAUAUAUUAUAAGAAAAAAAUAAAUAACAAUAUAAUAAAAAUAUGUUAAUAGCAUAUUAAAUGCCUCAAAAUUAGAAAAAGUAUUAAUUUCAUAUAAAGCGUAAUUUUAAUCUUAAACAAUGAAAUGGCUAACAAUUUUUCUUAAGCAAAAAAAUAAAUUAUAUUAUGCUUAAGAUACGAUGACCCAUAUUUAAGCACUGUUUUUUAAUUUAAUAACAUUUAAUGGAAAAAUGCAUUUAUAAUCAACACUUCAGAAACAAUUAAAAAACAGUUAAAUAGAUGUUAGUUUGAAUAAAAAUGUGUUUUGUUUUGUGUUCCCAUGUUUCUUUCAAAAUCGAACCUGCCUUGAAUACCAAAAUAGUUUUUAAUUUGAUAUAAUUUAGAUGAGUAAUACUGUGAUUUAUAAAAUCAAUAUAUUAAAAUGAAAAGUGCAUUUACGCUUUUAUUUUUUUAUGCUAUAUGGUAUCUUAUUUCAAGGAUAAAAUGUUAUACAAUUCUUGGAUUACAGUUCAUAAAAAUCUGAGGAGAAAAUAAAUAUAAACUAUAUUUUUAUUUAUCUAUAUUUUGAGUCUGAAGAAAUAGUAAUAAAAACGAACAAUGAUAGCCGAUAACAAACCGAAUUUCACAUCAUUAAGAUCGGAUAGUGUGCCCUAAAGUGUGAUGUAAAUAUAGGCAAAAACCGUGCUGAAAUAAUUUGGUUUUCUUGUAUUAUUUAUAAAAUUUCUGCAGCAUUGUAUAUAAUAAGAAGUCUAUCAAAUAUGAAUACCUUCUCUAUAUCUACGCGAAAAAGAGAGUGGGUAUAUAUAAUUCUUUGUCUUACGGCUUAUCAUAUAAGCCUAUUUACAUCGGAAUGCGAUAAUUUCAAGAAAUAAACUGACUUUUUAAAAUCAGCUUGUACUGAAGAUCUUGAAACAAACUUUAUGUUGUCGC